ACGAAAAAAACCGCACCCCCACCAUAAACCUCUAGCCUAAAGUAGCAUAAGUACCACCCAGCUUCUUACGACGCACUGCAUUCUCCCAGCCAACGUUGCUUGCUACCUUUUUGUCCCCUUGGUCUAGGCGCGUAUUUUAAGUGUACGUUCCGCCUUAUAAUCGACACCUCUGUGCUUCACUGUCAAGUUUAGUACUAAUUCGACUCUUCACAUAGAGGUCACGUGAUCUGCACACACAAGUCAGCAAGCCAAGCUGCCCUUUUCUACCAUUCUAGGCGAAGCAUAUGGGGAAGACCAAGUACGUGGUGGUGACGGGAGGCGUGGUCAGCGGAUUGGGGAAGGGAGUUACAGCUAGCAGCAUCGGAGUCGUCCUAAAAGCAUGCGGCCUCCGGGUCACAUCGAUCAAGAUCGAUCCGUACAUCAACACGGACGCGGGGACCAUGUCGCCGUUCGAGCACGGCGAGGUGUUUGUGCUGGACGACGGCGGCGAGGUCGAUCUGGAUCUGGGGAACUACGAGAGAUUCCUUGACAUCACGCUAACGAGAGACAACAACAUCACCACCGGCAAGAUCUACCAGUCUGUGAUUGAACGGGAGAGGCGUGGUGACUACCUCGGCAAAACCGUUCAGGUGGUGCCGCACAUCACCACGGCCAUCCAAGACUGGAUAGAGCGAGUGGCGCAGGUAUCAGUGGACGGCAGCGGGGAGAGCGCUGACGUCUGUGUCAUCGAGCUGGGCGGCACUGUUGGCGACAUUGAGUCCAUGCCCUUCAUUGAAGCCCUUCGACAGUUCCAGUUUAGAGUGGGCCAGGAGAACUUUUGUCUGGUGCACGUGAGUCUGGUGCCCGUGCUGGGCGUGGUGGGCGAGCAGAAGACCAAGCCCACGCAGCACAGCGUGAGGGAGCUCCGCGCGCUCGGCCUCAUGCCCAACCUACUGGCCUGCCGCAGCGCAGAGCCACUGGAGCCGUCCACUCGAGAGAAGCUGUCACAGUUCUGCCACGUGCCGGUGGCCAACGUGCUGAAUCUGCACGACGUCAAGAACAUCUGGCACAUCCCUCUGCUGCUGCUGGAGCAAUGCGCGCAUCUCUCCAUCCUCAAGCAAUUUCAGAUCCAACCACCCGAGCCUCAGCUGCAGGAAUGGGCGCACCGAGCCAAGGGUUGGGACGAACUCACAGAGACAGUCAGCAUUGCCAUGGUUGGCAAGUACACUGGUCUCUCUGACUCCUAUCUUUCUGUGCUCAAGGCGCUACAGCAUGCAUCCAUGGCGUGUGGCCGCAAGUUGAUCCUCGAGUGGGUGGCAUCGUCUGACCUGGAGGAUGCUGCCAAACAAGAGAGCCCGGACCUGUACAACGAAGCAUGGGCAGCCUUGAAGAGAGCGGAUGGAGUGUUGGUGCCGGGUGGGUUCGGAGACAGGGGAGUGGAGGGCAAGAUUCUGGCAGCCAACUACGCCCGAACCAACAGGAUUCCGUACCUGGGCAUCUGCCUCGGCAUGCAGAUCGCCGUCAUUGAAUAUGCCCGGAAUGUGCUGGGCUACAAGGACGCCAGCAGCACCGAGUUCGACCCAGCAUCACCGCACCCCUGCAUUGUGUUCAUGCCAGAGGUCUCCACCACCCACAUGGGCGGCACCAUGCGCCUGGGCGCCCGAGACACCUUCUUCCAUGCCACAGACUGCCUCUCCGCUAAGCUGUACGGCGCUAUCAGCAGUGUGAGCGAGCGGCACCGGCACCGCUACGAGGUCAACCCCGACAUGAUCGGCGAGUUUGAAGCCGCGGGUCUCCAGUUCGUAGGCCGGGACGAGUCCGGGCGGCGCAUGGAGAUUCUGGAGAUCCCGUCCCAUCCUUACUUUGUGGCCGUCCAAUACCACCCCGAGUUUAAGUCCAGACCAGGAAGGCCGUCCCCUGUCUUCCAAGGCCUCAUUCUUGCAGCUUCAGGUCAGUUGCAAAGCCACCUGAUCUCCCAUUGAAGAUCACCUACAUUUGCGUGAAAGGUGGUCUAGCAAGCUUUUGAGACGACUCAAACGGCACUUUAUGCGCAGCUUAGCGCAGACAUAGUUAGCAAUCAGGCACCAUGGUUAGCAUCGCACUUCAUUUGUGCCGCCGAGUUGAGCAAUCAGUCAGUGACACUUUCUUCAAAGAACGUUUUCUCUAUGUCAGCAAUCAAGGUUCUUGCAUAGGUAUGAUAUAGUGGACUCAACUAGACCUGCAGCAUUUACAUAGAUCAAUCAAGUGACUUAGGGUUGAAUCUUGGAAGUAGCAUUACAAUCGAAUUCGCAA